UGCCAAAUGAAGAGAGAGCGACGAGAAGAACUACGUGCCAGGAAGAAAAUGCACAUGAUGAGUCAACAUCAAGGAGGUGUUGAAAUAGGAGGCACCGCGACGUCUUCCGGGACCCUCUUGACCAGUAGUGUAGUGCCUUCAUCUCUGGACAAUUACAUCGCACCUGAUCGAGACGAGCUUACAAUUGCUGACGUGCUGAAAUGCGUUGCGCAAUUGUCGACCUACUCUACGUCAUCUCUUACUACAGGCGAGGACCAUAGUACACCAGGCGACCAUAGUACACAAGGCGACCAAGACCAUAGUUGUACACCAACUACAGCGUCUUCCACAUCCACUCACACUACAUCCUCAAUCUUGCGACUUGCAGUCACAAGUGAGAACCGACUCAAACUCCAAGCCCUUCACCGGUUCGCUAAGGUGGGACGACGAUUUGACACGGUCAGGCAAAAGCGUUUGACAACAAAUCGCGUAGCCGCACUUGCAAAUCUUGCGUUUUACUUUCAGCAACAAGAACAGGGCCAACAAGGUGAAGGUCAACAAGGUCAAGGGCAGCUCGAUGAAGGUGGACGAGACGACGAUGGACGAACACUGAUGGACUACAAUAACAGGCAACUUCUGCGUGGAUCCUCGAGUCCAAUCUCAGCAACUGGUAUGUUUUUUCGCGAGUAUAGUCAGAGCCACGCAUAUUGGACUUCUCGGAGCUGCACAUCAGGAGACACCUAUAAUUCUCCACGAGGGCAACUGUUCAAUCUAGCAUCGCCUCUGCAGAAUCUUAAUAUCAACCUUACAGCCGGUGCUUUGUCAGCAUCAAGUUCGAAGAACAAUAUGUCUUCCGCACUUGCCCAGCUGCACAGACAACAUGGAGGUGGUGGAUGCUCAUCAACUUCUAAUGCUGGUCUUCAAGAGAAUUCUUCUAGUAAGCAAGAUCAUCAUCGUUCUGCAACUACGACGAAUUCAAACAACUCGAAAGCGAUUGAGGAUCCUGGAGGGCGCAUAGGCAGAGAGAGGAAUAACUCCGGUUCAUCACCUGGUAAACAUCAGGACAACUUGCUGAACAUUGAUCUGGAGACGGGGAGCCUGACAACGACAGUCGUACCCGGAGCGACGUCAACGAAGCAUGGCUCUCGCAAUUCCUCGAGACAGUAUCAGUACCACACCCUUCCCUGGUCCAAAGUCCUUGCCGCUUGGAACAAAGUGUGCUUUCUACCAGAUGCGGAAGCCUGUCUCGAAGAAAUCAUAGAGAAGACUAGAACUCUCUGUGACGCGUGGUGUGUCCCGUUUCUUCUGACACAUGACCCUGCGAUGGGAUUGAGGCCGAUGAAGGUAUCUGGGGGGGCUGCGUCGGGAGUAGUAGCAAAUGUCACGUCUGGAGGAGAUCCUUCGUCAUGGGAGAAGCCACAGUGCACCAGUGAUUAUCGGUAGACUUUUUUUACCCUUCCUUCUGCCUUGAUGCAAAGUAAUUAUCCAGCUGCUACUCUCCUCUAUCUUCACACUACCUCUAGCAUUACAUCGCAUCGUCAAGAAUCUCCAUCAUCUACUCUGAUAACCAGGCACCCUGAUCUGUCUACUUUCGACGUCACGGUUCUCAUGGCGCCCGCUAUUGCACUUGAUGUUUUGCUUAUUGGCAUGCGACGGAGUACCUUGAGGUCGAGUGAAUCGUCCGCAGGAGCACCAGUGAAAACUACCACAAGCAACAUCAACAUCCCGACGUCACCGCGCAGCGGGGCGAAGAUCCGGCUUAGUCCUGCGUCGCCUGUCGUCAAUAAGAUUUCAAGUGUAUCUGGAGGUGGUGGUGGAACAUCUUCGUCAUCAAAUUCGUCUAGUCGGACCUAUUGGUGCUCGGCAUCAACGACGACAAGUGGUUCCGUCAUCAAUCAGAUGCUAGCAGCAUGCGGAGGAGGACGAGGUCGUGGUGGACGUAUUGGGAGUAGCUAUAGCUCUAGUACCAGAGCACUACCUUUUGGGGGCAAGCAAGACCAACACCAACACCUUCAAAGCAUUUUUCUGCCUCCAGGUUGUCAGCAUCCGUUUCCUGAGGUUGAGAUUGAAGACACGGAUGAUCGAAACAAUGUCUUUUCAUCACACACAGCUGGUGCGUUCACUUCCUGUUCCUCCUCUACCUCUUCAGAUAUGUCUUCAUCCUCUACGUCCUUAACAGCUGCCUCGUUUCUUACAGACGGACCACGCCUGUAUACCACUUACAGACGUGUAUGUACCCAUUUGUUGGCUUCAUCGAGUCCCAGGGUUGGCGCACCUGCUGACGAAGAGGCAAGAUUGUGGCUACCUGAGUCAUUGCAGCAUCUGCUUCACAUGAUGCGGGGAGCGGGGUCAAGAACUUCUGCAAGACCCCCGUUCGGGCCUAGUACAACGGCUACAACAGCCAGCAUGUCGAGGAACAAGGUGAACGCGGAUAAGCUUGUCCUUGAAAACGCUACUGAAGAAAGUGUGCACCACGCUCAUGACUCCGCCAGUCCCAGUCGCAACCAAGGUCCUCUCCUCAUGUCACCGCGAGCCCUUCUGAUCAAGGUGGCUUCUUGGCUACUCUUUUCUCAGAGACUCGCUUUUCGUUUGCGGAUUGAGAGAAUAUUCGGCGUGGAUGCUCCAGUCGUUGGGAUGAAGCUGGUGAACGCAAGUAGGUCAAGCGAAACACAAACAGCUUCUCGUCAACAUCAAGAACUAGGUAGAAGUGGUUCAUCAUCCUCUCUAGGUUCUCUACAGGAAGAAGAUGAACGAUACGAAUUUGAUCAUCGAGAUCAUGAACAUGAGGAAGAACAAGAAGAACUCAACCCAGGCAAGCUUAUGCGAGCAUCUCAGGUUAGAAAUGGGUUGGGCACCUUGCUGAAAGACCUUUUAGGUGGCCUAGAGCCUGGUGUACGCGAACGGCCGAUCGUCGACGAAAUGUUGAACUCUUUGGUCCGGGAUUUGGAGACGAUGGUGAAGAAGCGCAGGGAAAUGGCGGAAAGAGAAGCUGAGCAGGAAAGAAGUAGGAAAGUUCUUCUUCAGACAACAGAAGAUGAUAGAAGAACUGCGGUGGAGCAACAAGGUAGUACGAGUGAAGCAUUAUCAUUGGAACAACAAGAAGAUGAUGAUGACCAGAACGAUCCGACAAGGGCAACAGGAGUAGUUUCAAGAGGGAAAAACCCUAGAGGAGCAGAGCUAACGAUCGAAACAGGAGAUACUGAUUUGGUGAAUCAAGAAGGUGCGCAGCAAGAUAAGCAAGCAUCGGACCUUCUCACAAAAGAUGAAGUUGCUGCGUCAUCAUCUUCCGGCGAACGACAAACCACGGAGGAGGCGCAAGAAGCUGAAGCGGGCGGUCGUGGGCAAGUAGUUUACAACACAGCUGCUGCCAGUACGGCAUUAUCACGGGUAUCAGGCGUCGAGCGCUACCGAUUUGAGGAUUUGCUGUCUGUGUCUAAGUCUUUGGUGCAGCUGCUCGCGCGUACGCAGACUACAACCCAAAAAAUCAUGGCAGAACGCAGAUGUUCGGUCUUCAGGGCUCUUUGUGAAGCUCAUUUGACUGUGGUAGUCCAAGACGAAACAGAAAGGCAGCAGGCUUUGGCUGGAGGAUAAAUUGGUUCUUGCAGACAAGUUUGUUGUUGAGGUCUAUCAUCGAUCUCCUGGAAUACAGUGAUCAUCUAGAGUCAAGCGAUUCAGUUAAGUACCUUGUAGUUUUUUAAUAUUUAUAGUGCAUCAAUUCGUUCUGGUGCGUCUGCAUGCAUGAGUAGAGUAUUUGGACUAGUAGUCCACAUUCAUCUUCGAAGAACCAGCUGCAAUUGCGUAUUGAAAAUUUCAAAAAGCAUAACAAGUACUAGAAGCCUUCUGAUAUUCUUGCGUUUUCGAAUCCGCAACGGAACCCUGGUCUACCAAUAAUUAAAAUUAAUUUUUUCAUCAGACCACCA